AUGAGCGCUAGCCCGUCUAGCAACCCCGCCGACCACGCUCCGCCCAUCAGCUCCGACCAUGUCGAGAGUGGGCAGCCGGAGGAGUACAUCUCCAUGACGCAAUUUAGGAAGAGCAUGCAGCUCGUGCGCCUCCAGAUUGCUAUUCCCAUCAGUGUCCUGGUGUCGCUGGGGACGGCAAUGGUAUGCACGCUGGCGAUCCACCCCGGUGUCAAGGAGAUCUCGGACCAGCACCCGACGCUCCUGACGCCCAACGAUACAAUGACCGGGGCGUACUGGUUUGUGGUGUACUUCCUGCAGAUCGGAUUCUGCCUGGUUUUGAUCUGUGCGCGCUCCGAUGCGACCAAGGCGACGCUGAUCCACGGUGUGGGCAUGCGCUACGCGAUCGCAAACUGGCUGAUUGCGCUCGCAGUCGCGCUCUGGACAUUGCAGCUGUUCCGCUCCUGCGCCCUCGUCGUCAUUGUCAACACGCUCAACGUGAUCAGCAUCCACAUCACGCUGACCAAGUACCCGCCGAGCCUGAAGCACCCCUUCGAUGCCAUCUUCAUCCACGGCGGCGUCGCGCUGCUGACCGCGAUGCUCUUCGAGCUCACGUGGCUGCAUGUCGGCUCCGUCGCCAUGGGCUGGGUCAUCGAGAGCAAGAAGCACUGGGCGCACUACCGCUGGGAGUCGACGAUUGCCAUCGCCGUCGUCAACGUCAUCACUGCCAUCUGGGAGGCCGCCACGAAUCAACACAUCCUGCCCCUCGCGUCCGAGUACGUCGCGCUGUGUCUCCUCCUCAGCUCGCCCCGCAUCAACCCCUCCAUGCCCGACAGUGGACUUCCGAAGCCCGCCAGUGAGGUUAUCACCCUCAUCUGCUGCCUUGUCCUGCACCCUCUCGCCGUCGUUGCUAGCUACGGCAUCCGGCGCCAGCGCAACCAGGAGGGCCGCAUCCGCCUCGAGGAGGAGGUCGAGGAGGCCGAGGCCCGUGCGCAGCAGGCGCAGGAGCGUGCCGCGGCGGCCCGUCGCCGUGCGCAGCAGGCCGGCGUCGACACCGACAACGGCCACCACUAG